AUGCCGCCUCGCAACAGGACGCUCGACCUUCCGGUCGCUGUCAACGAGUCCAUCUCGCUCGACUUGGACCCUCUGCCUCCCGCAGAAGACAUCCAAGUCUUCUUGGAAGCGCUCGCCUACGAACGCCCUCCUUCCAAAUACUGGUCUCGACUCGCAACGCAGCUCUACAUCGAAAAUCGCGUUCCCGAGGCCGUCCAGGUCUGCGCACAGGGCGUCCAGGUGCUUGCCCCUUACAAGCCGACUGAGACCAUCCCGCUUCGUGGUCUGCUCGCUGCUUUCUCCCUCAAGAACGCCAAAACUUCGCCCAAGAUCAUCCUCAACGAUGCUCGCUACCAGCGCAUCACGAAUCAGCAGAUCAAAGACGCCCACUACAAAGAGUCAUCCACCACCCAGUCGCAGGCCAAUGUCCUCGAUCCCAAACACCACAUCAACCAGCUCUCUAGAGCCAUCUUUCUUACCACGAGUGGUCAGAAUGAAGGCGCUGAAAUGCUCUACAAUGUCAUCCUCAACCAGCAUCCUCGACAUGCCCUCGCUCUCCUCGGCAAAGCUUCCAUCAACCUCCGAAAGCGCCAGUACGCGCCCGCCCUCAAACUCUACCAGCAGGCGCUCGAGGUCAGCAUUCUCGUUCAGAACAAGGCCGACGCCGACGGCGAGAACGCAGCCAACCUAGGCUGGAGAGGGCCCGACCCUCGCAUCGGCAUCGGUCUCUGUCUCUGGGGACUCGGCCAUCACGAUGCUGCCAGAAAGGCGUGGAAGCGUGCCGUCCAGCUCAACCCCAAGAACGCCGCCGCUCACCUGCUGCUCGGAAUCACCAGUCUCAACCUGGUCAAGCAGACCGCACGUCUCGUUCCUGGCACCUUUGGCGCUCACGUAGAGAGAUCUGAAGAGGAGGCGCGCGAACUCGCCUACACCGAAGGCAUGUCGAGUCUCCAAGAAAGCUGGAAGCUCGACAAGAGCAAUGCCACCGCUGCCAUCGUCAUGUGCGAGUACUUCAUCAACAACGCCGCUCAGGCCAUCAACCGCCCAGGCCCUGUACAACAGGCAGAGCAAGCCGCCAUGGCUCACUACGCCACCGCCUUCAAGCUUGCCGAACAUGCCAUACAGUACGCCGAGACGCGCGUUGGCGUCAAUCACGCUCAACUCGUCUUCGCCCGUGCCUCUCACCUCGCCUCGCAGCUCUCCAUCAACGCCACCCAGCCUGAAUUGCGCCUCCAAGCGCAGCGAUACUAUGCUCGAGUCGUCGAUGAUGUCACUCGCAUCCUCUCCUCGGGCGCCGCUGGCCAGAACUCCGCCAACAGUGCACAGCUCCAUCUCUGCCUCUCCCUCGCCACGCUCGGCUUGGCACAAUGCCAGGUUGCCAACCGCGACCCCCUCGCCGCCAUCAACACGCUGGACGCGCUCACCUCCCGGCCCGCCAACUCGGUCUCGGCCACUCAGACCAUUGAGCUUUCGCUGCUCGCUGCCAGUCUGCGCGCACAGUCGCAUCCCGGUGCCACUGCUUCCGAACGACAGGCUGAUGCCGAGCGCGCUCGCAUCAUUCUCGAUCGUGCCCUUCGUCUCAUCGAGGCCGCCAAGCUCGAUGCGUACGGUCCGCAGGCGCUCUUUGCCCACCCAGACGAGUUGCCUUCCGCCGCCCCGGCACCGACCGACGACGCUGCUUCGGACGUACCUGCUGCCCUCGCCAAGGCUUCCUUGUCCAUCCGCACCGAAGACUUGUCCAAAACGGCCCUCGAGGCCAUCGCCAGUCUCGGAUCUGACCCGCUCACACGCGUCGAGUUCGCCGAAUUGCUCCAGACCGAGGACCUUGCUCGUGCCUCGACAGCGUACGCAGAGGGACUUGAGCUUGCCAAAGCCAAGGCCAGCACGCUCGAUGCCAUCGAUACCGAUGAGGCCGCCACGAACGUGUCGCUGCUGGCCAGCCUCGAAACGUGUCUCGGCGCUGUGCUUGCUAUCCGCGCCACCGACAUCCCCGCCAGCGAUCCACAACGCCAAGAGGAGCGAACAUGGCUGCUCGAGCGAUCCAUGUCGCGUCUCGAAUCCGCCGUCACGGCUGCUGCCAACGCCGUCAACGCUUUCGGUGCGUCCGCUGCUUCGGCACCCGCAACCACAGCUCGUCUCGAAGCGCAGAGGACCGUCGACGCGGUCAAGCUGAUCGCCUCGUACAACCUGGGCCGCGCCAACGAAGCUGUCGGCAACGUCGAUGUCGCCCGUCAAGCUUACCAGUCGCUUUUGGGUGCUCACCCCGAGUACACCGAUGCGAAAGUGCGCCUGGCCAUCCUCAACGUCGCCAAACCUCCCGCCGGUGCGUCCGGUCCAGACGCUGUUGCCAAGCUCAAGGCGCUGCGUGACGUGAGCAACGCUCUUUUGAAGGAAGCUCUCGAUUCAGAUCCGGGAAACCUCGACACCCGUUCCACGUACGUCUGCUUCCUUGCUGGAGAGUUCGCUGGCAGCCCCACGCCUUCGUGGGGCGCCAUCAAGGAGUUCACUGCGCAACUCUUCUCCAGCACGUCCAAGUCUACUGCCGAAAGCGGUCGGCGCGAUGCUCACACGCUUGCCUCGCUCGGCUGGACCUACUACCAGCUCGCCGUCCACGCAGCCGGUCCUUCAGCGAAAGCCGAUCGUAGUAAAAACAUGAUGCGUGCUACAGAUCUCAUGGACAAGGCUCUUGGAGCAGACCCGCGUUGCGCAUUUGCCGCCCAGGGCAUGGCCGUCCUGCUCGCCGAGGACGCUUUUGCUGAGACGGCAGGUGGCACGUCGCUGACGCUCCCCGUGCUCGGAGGUGCACCCGAAGAGCGAAGGAAGAAGAACGCCGACGAGGCUCUCGCCAUCCUGUCCAAGCUGCGCGAGAUGAAGGACGAAGGCAGCGUUCACGUUUGUAUGGGUCACGUCCUCAUGCAGAAGGACGAAUUUGAGCGUGCGCUCAAGUCAUACGAGCUCGCCUCGAAGCGCUUCUUCAACGGUGCCAACGCUGCUGUGGUGCAGUACGUGGCGAGAGCCGAGUACGCGAUCGGCAUGAAGACGAAGUCGUUCGCCAGCCUACAAAGCUCCAUGGCGCAUCUCGAAGAGGCACGCGAGUUGGUGAUCAAGGAGCGCGGCAUCCAGCACCCCGAAUGUCGCCAGAUCGAGUACAAUUACGCAGUCACAGCUCAAAAGGGCCUGCAGAUGCUGUUCGAUCUGCAAAAGGACCGCAAGACGGCACAAGCGCUUCGCGACGCCAUCGCUGCGGUGGAACGCAUCCAGCCUCUGCUCGUCGCGCCCGUCGACGCCGCCUCACCCCAAGAGACGCCGAUGGGCAAGGAGGGCUCGCUCCUCGAGGCGGCCAAGCGCGGACACCUGCUGUGGAUGUCGCCGGAGAUCGUGGAACAGCGAGGCAAGUACGGUGCGUCGUCUCUGCUGCAGCGUGCAACACAAGCUCUGGCCGACCAGGAGAGCUACGAAGCCGAGAUGCUGAAACAGAAGGAAGCGGUUGCCGCCGCACGCAAAGAAAAGGAGUUGCUUCGCGAACAAGAACGCAUCCGCAAGGAAGAAGAGUACCGCGCACAGAUCGAGCAGAUGGCCGAAAAACGUAAAGCUCUGCGAGAGGAAGCGGCCAAGAUCGAAUAUCUGCGCGAAGCGACACCCGAAAAGGAGCCGAGACGACGAGCGAAGAGGGAAGAUGUUACGUCGGGAGAAGAGGAUGCACCGGAUGCGGCUGCUGAGAAGGGCAAGAAACGCAAACGAGUUGCGGCAGGAGGCAAGAAGAAGAAGGGCGGCAAGAAGAAUCUCGACAUGGUCGAGAGCGACGAGAACGAUGAUAGCGACGACGAAGGAUUGUUCGGUGGCGGUGGAGGAGCGAGUGGAAGCGAAAGCAGUGAUGCCAACGACGACGAGGAUGGCGACGAUGAGAUCAUCCGCAACGGAGCCAAGCUGCUCGCUGACGAAGGCGAGACUGGCGGUACACGCAGCGGAAAGUCGUCGAAGCUCUCCAAACUGGCCAAAUCGAAGAACAAGCCUCGAAAGUCAUCUUCCAAGAGCGAAGGCAAGAAGAAGCGCAAGAGUCUCAAGCGAGCCAAAGCGCGCGAUACGGACGAGGAGGAGGACGAUGACGCGGACGCUGCUGCCAACGGAGGCGACAGUGAUGCGGACACAGGCAAAGCGAGGAAGAGCAGGAAAGCGGUAUUUGACGAGAGCAGCGACGAGGAGGUAGGGGGAGGAGAAGCAGAAAAAGUCGUCGAGCAAGAGGACCAAGAAGGCGAAAGUGACCAACGACAUGAUCGAUAG